AUUUUCUUGUCCGUAUUUUUAUUGUUGCUCCGCCAGGUGUGGAAUCGGGGUCGGGCCAGGAUCGCGGACUGUUGCGCUGAGGAGCAGGGGCUCCAGGAGGAGUGCCCCGACUCCGGCAGCCGUGUGCUCAUGACGCCGAACGUCAUCCGUUGUUUUUGUUACAUUUUCGUUUUCGUUUCGACGUACUUUCACCUGGCCUGCCUGGUGGUGAUGGCCCGGUCUGGCAACUGGGUGGCCAUGGCCUGCCUGCUUCCCUCACACAUGCUGGUCGUCGGGAUCGAGGUCUACUGCGCACUGCAGGACCGCGACCUGGCCCAGCUUCGCCGGAAGCUGAAGAAUGGCUGCUGUCGUGUGGCCGUCUUCGAGGCUGCAGUUGUCAUCGUCGGAGGGCUACUUUUUGGAUAUCCGCUCGUGCGUGCCUAUCGUUGCCUGAAGGAGCGUGACAAGAGUUUCCUGGACGAGAUCGAGCAGAGCGCUGCUGGGCUCGACGCAGGUGCCCAGGGCCUACGCUUCGACACUCACGCUAUGCUGGUGUCCGACGUGCCCCGGGUAGUGGUCCUCACCAACCGUCUCAUCAGCGCGUAUUGGACCGGACCAGAGGUGUUCUGCAUAUGUUCCGCCGUGGCGAUGACCCUUGUAAACGUUGUGCAGGCUGUCGCCAACUUCGAUUACUACGCCUCUCGCUACAUCAGGGGCCAGUACGACCUGUGCGACUUGUGUUGCGACCAGCAGUGCUUACCGUACCACAUUCUGUUGGAGUUCAGAACGGCCCAUUACGUGUACAGGUUAGCCGAGAUAUUGAGCAGGACUCUUGUGCUUGUGGCCGUCGCUCUCGUCUUCAAGGUUGAUGCCAGGCUCGGCAUCAUAUUGCUUUUGUCGGACUACUUGUUAGGGCUGGUGGCCCUUAGAAUUAUCACGGGCUCCAAACUCAUCUUGGUGCUCAGUAUCGAUAUAUUCGUAGCCAAUGUAUGCCGUUUCAUCGACGAGCAUGGCAUGGCAAUGCAGGCGCAAAGGGUUUCCAGAUUCCUGUGGGCGCUGCGGAAUGCGCAAUUCUGGCUGGCUGCUGGUCUGUACUAUCAUUACGCACUGCAGCCGAACGAAACAGGAGCCCUCGAGGGCAACGGAGCCAAGAGGUUGCUGAUAGUAGGCAUGUCCGCCCAAUUUACCACUUUCGUCUUCCUGCGCUUCACGAAGGUGGGCAACGAGUCGGUUGACUUCUUUCUCGCCGCCAAGCGCGGCGACAUCGAGGCGCUGGAGGAUAUCCUGCGCGCUGGUUGUGACCCAGACAUCAGGCAGGGUGACUCGCACAACGAGACCGCGAUGCACGUGGCGGUCUCUCACGGCCAGGUCUUGGUGUUGCAAGCGCUCCUGGAACAUCGCGCGGACGCCCGGCUUCUCAACGACAAUGACGAGACGCCACUCCACAUCGCCUGCCGGCGCGGCGACAUUGACGCGAUCGAGUUGUUGGUGCAGCCGCUCGCCGCCGGCGGCCCCGAGCGCACGCGCGCACACGGUCGCCAGAGCGCCCACGCCGACCACGGCCUCGGCGGCGCGGCCGGGGCCGCGCACGGCGCGGGCCACAGCCUGGCGGGGCACAGCGUGGACCACAGCCUGCUGGCAGGGUGCACCGGGGCAACGCUAGGGGGGGGGCAGGCUCGAGGUUCGAGGGGUUCGGGCGUCUCCGUCGGUUCUCGGCGGAUUCCCAGCCUCGGGGUGCUCUCCAGCAGCUGCGCCUCGCCGAGAGCAUUCCGGGAGUGCCCAGAGCGCCCCGAGCGGCCGCCAGAGUCCCGAGUUCUGGCCCGGAGGCUGGACGACGAGGGUCAUCGGGGGGGCAGGCUCAGGGGGGAUGCAUCCACCCCCAAUCGCCAACUGAUGGCCACUAGGUGCCCGAGAGCUCCAGCCUGACCAGGAACGACAUGUGGAUUGGCUACCUGGGGCCUAUUGCCGGUCCAUGGGCGAUGCAUCGCCGGUUCAUGCUCGAUGUUCCCCACUUCCCCACCCCCCCGAAGCCAGUCCCCCCUUCUCGUUGCCCCGCAGGCACACCGUGGGCCACAGCCAGGCCGGGCAUACGCUGGGCCAGAGCCAGGCCGGGUGCGCCGUCGCGCGCUGCAGCCUGGCAACGAGCGCCACGGACGAGGGCGGCAGCUGCGACCCCAUGCUCGAGGCCGCGAUCGAGGAGGGCGCCCGCCGUGGACGGCUGCCGCGAGGCGCUCGGAGGCC